GAGCAGCAGAAUCAGAACCUCGAACAAUAUUUCUGUGCUUAUUGCAGCCUUUCUCAAGCGGAUUGGAUGCAAUAUCUACCCCUUGCACAGGCAGCAUAUAACAGUGCAGACUAUAGCGGAAUAGAAUUAUUACCUGCUAUAUUGCUCUACGAAUUCCAACUAACAAAACUAAUAGAUAUCAAUAUGCAGCGCUCAAGCUAUAUUCCCAAGAUCUCAAAGCAGCUCGAAGAUCUUGCUAAAGCUUGUAAGAAGGCUUAG